AUGUGGUUGCCGAGGGUCCAGACCCCCCACCUGUACAAGGGUCAGACCUCCCACCUGUACAGGGUCAGACCCCCACCUGAGGGUCAGACCCCACCGCGGUCAGACCCCCACCUGUACAGGGUCCAGACCUCCCACCUGUACAAGGGUCCAGACCCCCCACCUGUACAAGGGUCCAGACCUCCCACCUGUACAGGGUCCAGACCCCCACCUGUACAAAGAGACCCCACCUGUACGGUCCAGACCUCCCACCUCAAGGGUCCAGACCCCCCACCUGUACAAGGGUCCAGACCUCCCACCUGUACAAGGUCCAGACCCCACCUGUACAAGGGUCCAGACCUCCCACCUGUACAAGGGUCCAGACCCCCACCUGUACAAGGGUCCAGACCUCCCACCUGUACAAGGUCAGACCCCCCACCUGUACAGGGUCAGACCCCCCACCUGUACAAGGGUCCAGACCUCCCACCUGUACAGGGUCCAGACCCCCACCUGUACAAGGUCAGACCUCCCACCUGUACAAGGGUCCCAGACCUCCCACCUGUACAAGGGUCAGACCCCCACCUGUACAAGGGUCAGACCCCCCACCUGUACAAGGGUCCAGACCCCCCACCUGUACAGGGUCAGACCUCCCACCUGUACAAGGGUCCAGCCCCCACCUGUACAAGGGUCCAGACCUCCCACCUGUACAGGUCAGACCCACCUGUACAAGGGUCCAGACCUCCCACCUGUACAAAGGGUCCAGACCUCCCACCUGUACAGGGGUCAGACCCCCCACCUGUACAGGUCCAACCCCCACCUGCGGGUCAGACCUCCCACCUGUACAAGGGUCCAGACCCCACCUGUACAGGGUCCAGACCUCCCACCUGUACAGGGUCCAGACCCCCCACCUGUACAAGGGGUCAGACCCCCACCUGUACAAGGGUCCAGACCUCCCACCUGUACAAGGGUCCAAACCUCCCACCUGUCCACCUGUAUAAGGGUCCAGACCUCCCACCUGUACAAGGGUCCAGACCUCCCACCUGUACAAGGUCCAGACCUCCCACCUGUCCACCUAUACAAGGGUCCAGACCUCCCACCUGUCCACGGGUCCAGACCCCCCACCUGUACAAGGCCAGACCUCCACCUGUCCACCUAUACAGGGUCCAGACCUCCCACCUGUACAAGGGUCAGACCUCCCCACCUGUCCACCUAUACAAGGGUCCAGACUUCCCACCUGUACAAGGGUCCAGACCUCCCACCUGUCCCACCUAUACAAGGGUCCAGACCUCCCACCUGUCCACCUACAAGGGUCCAGACCUCCACCUGUACAGGUCCAGACCUCCCACCUGUCCACCUAUACAAGGGUCAGACCUCCCACCUGUACAAGGGUCCAGACCUCCCACCUGUCCACCUGUAGAAGGACUGUACCCUCAAUAUCUCCACCACAGCACUUUAUUACCGCCUCCUGUGGGAUUUUUCCUGCCGAGGGAUUACCGAGGCUGA